AUGCAAGCUAUUGUCGGCAACAACAACAACAAGAAAAAUAUCAUUGUCAAUAAGCACAAGCGAGCCUUUGGUAUCAUUAUUAAGCACAAGAACAUUCGAAAGAUUAAUAAGGGUUCGUCUAUGCGCUCGUUUCCAUCGUCGUCAUCAUCGUUGCAGUAUUUUAUGUACCCUGGUUUGUGUUGCUGUCCAACUACUACUGUGGGUACGAGAACCUUUAUGGAUACCAUGGGUCGCUUUCAUCGCUGUCAGCACCAGACCAUGGUAGUCGUCAAUAGAAUCAAUCAUUCAGAGCGACGGAAAAUUAAAAGCUAUCUGCAAUCGAGACAGAAUGUGGAAGCAAAUACCGAUAAGGCGAAGUCUCUUUCACCAUGGCACAGGCAGCCGGAAUCGAAAGCGAGUCCCGUUCGUGGCGAGAUAUUCAGCUUUCCAGUGUACCAACUAGAGCAAGGACAGCAACAAACAAGCGUACAGUCGCAGUUCGACGCCUCCUUAUUUUACCGAGAACUGACACAAACGGACAACAGCUCAAAAAAUUCAAGAUUAUCAAGCUAUCAGCACGACCAACAGCAACAGCAGCAGGCAAGCACGACAGUCUCGAUCGGAAGUGGUGUUGUGUUCGGAGAACCCAUUUGGACGAACACAACUAUCACGGAGCACAGUACUCCGUCGUUUCCUUCCCUGGUCCAGUGGCCAAACUGCAGCAUGUUUAUGGGCGCUACGGAGCUUUGGCCGAGUGGCUUCAGCAACGGAAGUUAUACAAUAGGUGAACAGCUCAAUACACCGAGACCGGAAGACGUCUGCGGAUUUGAGUAUGGAAGUUUCGGAGGACUCGGAGCGUCCGAAGCGAAAGUUAAUCUAGCAAACGUAUUUAGUACCAGCAGCAUCACUGACAGAAGCGAAGAGGAUUACAAUAAUAACGACAACAAUAGCAGAAACAGCAUCAAAAUGCACGACAAGAAGUGUAACAAAAACCGAAAUCCAAUGACACCGCCAUCGUCCAACCGGGAGGAAUCGACCCUCUCGCCAGGGUUCAACUCUUGGGAGUUUGAACCCUGCUUCGAGGAGGUGAUUCUUAGUCCAGCGAGCUUUAUCAACACCCCAAUCCACAGUGUGGCCUCUCCGGACAGCAGUUCGGGCGAUAUGGAACGUAAACCUGACGAAUUGGAAACUUGUGUCGAUUUCAUAUUCUCACCUAGUACGGUCAUCGACGGGAACGAAGAGAGCGAGCACAGCAUUCCGCUGCAUGAGGAAAUCGAACAACUUUCAAAUUCAUUCUACUGUAAAUCUAACAGUCUAGUUUCGGUGAAUUCCAACUCCGCCAACGGAGAGGAAAUCGUAUCGCCCAGUUUUCUUAAACUACUGCAGGAGGAAGCUAGCCUUCCUCCUGCAGCGGUACUUGUUGCACAAACAACGACGGAGCCCACGGCGAUUGAGGCUUUGCUGGAAACAACCCACCCCUCGAUAGCCAACUCAUUCUUCAGUGAUGCUGAUGAAGACGACGAUGAUGACGAACUAAAUGUGAAGCGGAAGAAAAAUAAGCAGGACGAGCCAAGUCCAGUUGCAGCAGCGAGGUCGCAGGCAGCACUUCAGAUCGUCGACAGUAAAGACGAAUCUAUUGAUGUUAUUAAAACGCAAACGCAGCUAGAACACAACUAUACUAUUAAGCUACCAUUUGACGGCAAGAGCCAAGAUUUAUUGAUAAAUACUACUACGGUGAAGGAAGCAAGUCUAUCGCAAAGAGGAGCGCCAAUAGCACAAUCAAAACAACAGUCGCCAACCAUUAAGAGGGACAAACCACAGGGAAAGGGUAGCAGGAUGACCGAGGAUAGCCCACGGCGGAAAAUACCGAAACUGAAGCUUAAAAUCGGAAAUCCACCGCCGGAGGUUGUGAAGAAUGACGAUCUGAGCACUUUGACAACAUCGCACAUGGUCAUUCACACUCCGGAACUGACCAACGAUUUGCUCGAUCUGGAGGCGGAAAAUUUGAAGCAAGAAAGUGAAGAAUUCGAUCUACUCACGUACAUCACUUCGGGAACGGACUACGACAUCAUUAGCAAGUCUCCGAUCGAAGAAAAACCAAUGCUCCCAUUCACCGAUACGCCGUUCCCGGCCGCACCAGUCCCCGUUUCGCAGCAAUCCACCAUCUGCGGAACCACCCUCAGUGAUUUGUUCAAUCCGGCAAAACGCAAACUACCAACCAUAACCAUCGAAAACCUUGAGGAACUCACGGCAUCCACCAAUGGCAGCAAGCGUUUCCGUAGCGCCACCUCAUCCACCACCUCUUCGGUGUACGGAGACAACACUUCGGAAACGUCCUCGACCCGUCCCCUGAAACGCCGAGGUCGCCCCCCGAAACCGUUGUGUUCGGUUCGGGAUCGGUCCGAGUAUCAACAUCUGAACGAGGUGGACAUGCGCUACCGUGAACAGCGUGACAAGAACAAUGAAGCUUCCCGCAAAUCUCGCAUCAACCGCAAGGAUCGUGAGCUGAAGCUGGAAAGUGAAGCCCGGGAGCUGAACCGACAGUACGAGGUGCUGGUCAACGAGGAGCGGAAGUUAAUCAAGGAGUGUGCCCGGUGGCGGAAGGCCGUAAUGCGGUUGGCGCUUCUUUGAAGUGUGCAAAAGUGUGAACUCUACAAUUUACCUUUUUCUUUUUGUCAACAUACAACCUGUCUCAUCAGGGAUGGAAUAAUUUAGUACGAAACCUAUGUUAGUGAAAAAUAUAACAAAAAAUGCAAAAAAAUAUAUUUAAAAACGUAAAUUUGACAAGCUACAAAUAGAAUGCAAUGCUUUACUCAUUUGGCAAACUUUAAAUAUUAGAAAAUGAGGUAUUUGACACACAUUCUGCAUUCAAUAUGCAUAAACACGGAAAGUGUGAAUUAAUUUUCUGUAAAAUAUUUUGUUUUAAUUAUUAAUUACAAUAAAGAGAUCAAAUAACA